AUGGCUGGGGAUUACGCUCUAACUGUGAAGUUUUAUGACAAUGACGAAGUCUUCAAGAAAACAAGCACGCUUUCAUUGGCAGCUCCACCCGUUCUGAUUGGAUCCACUCUCACUUGUAAUGUCCCUCAACUUCAAAAAACGCUUCAAAGUACUUUAGCAUCAGUUCUUGACGGAACGAAGCUUUCCCAAGUUUAUUCUGUACUAGAACGCCAAAUUGAGGGCACGGAAAUAAGCGGAUCUGUGGAAUAUAAUCCAGGCAUUCCAAGAGGCAGCGUCAGGGCUUAUCUAAUUCGGUAUCCCAGACACAGAAGUUACCCUAAUUUUGUUCCAUGCAAAUCUCACUAUAAAUCAAAUGUGAUCGAAUUCGGUUGCCUACCAAGUAUAGAAGACGUUGGUUUGGUAAUUAUGGCUUUUAACGCAUUGAAUUCGUCCCAUACAACUGAUCAAGCUGAAGUACAUCUCAAAGAGUGGAUAAUAAGGCGAUUUGCGCCCUGGCUACUUAAAAUACCUCCCACUAACUUGAAAUUAUUUUCCAGGGACUUAGGAGCAGAUUACCGAGUAACCCCUCUGAAGAUAGGCUGGCCAGCCGUUGUUCAUAUUGGCCAAAAAAUUCGCAUGUUUUGCCCAUUGGAUGUGUUAGUGUCACCUGACGGAAUUGAAUGCAAGAAAACGAAAUCCCUCGGCUCAAUUAGUGCAGAGCCAUUGCCGGUUGGAUUUUGGAUAGAAGCAAAAAGUGGACAGAAGUUUUUCAACUUACGAAAAAAUGCUGCAGAGUUGACUGAUAGCGGAAUCUAUGAGUGCACUGUCAAGGUUGGUGCAGUUCGUCUACAAGUCUGUACAGACAGACGUCUUACUGUCAUUGCUGACUCAAUAAACGUUCAAACCUUUAUCUACGAUAAAGUAGUGCCGGCCAAAGCAAUAAAAGUAGGCGAUGUUCACAAUCAGUACACCGAAUCACUGGAUCCCUAUUUCAUGACCAAGCAAGUCGGCUACAUUGUUUGUUGGACCACCACUGAAGUCGGCUUUAAUUUUUCCAUGUCUCUCAGUCUUACUAGAGAAGAGCCAAAACCUAGAUGGGAUUUUCCUUUUAAGCUUGUGCGUACCUUAAAUUUACGAGAGGGUAUGCACCGAAUGCAAAAAUUCAAAUUUUAUCAGUGCGGUGGGUAUGGUAAAGCAGAAUAUGGGGGAAAGCUGAAAGCUACCUGUUCGGUAACAUCUAAGGCUGAAAAGAAGGAUGUUCCAGCCUGGAUAAAAGAUGAAAAUGACCUAAAAGAUAAUUUUGAGUUAGGCCACAUUGCUUCGAAUACUCGAGACAUUCUAGUUUUCCAUGCUGUGGAAGGGGAUCUCUCCUUCUAUGGUAGUGUUCGUCACCUACAGGAAUAUCCUGUGCCAUUAGGCACCAGCAUUCGGUGCACUGGAGCUAAGGGCUUUCCUCCACCUACCUAUCAGUGGACAAAAGUUGAUCCCAGCCGACUACUAUCCCUCAAUUCUUCCACUUAUUUCAAUCUUGCUGGCACUCCAAACGUCUUUCUCGAUAGUCCAGAUGCAUUUCCGAAUUCUGCAUUCCAAGGUGACCGGCUAGAAGUUCCUAAUGACGCCAGGUACAGGGGAAUGAGCUUCCUCUUUCAAUGCAGUGCUUUUAAUGAGUUAGUAGGGAAGACGUACCGAAUUGAACGCCUCCUCUUUCUAACUAUUUGUCUUUGUGAACACCGUUUCGUAUCACUUGACCUAUCUCUCAUUUACUCACCCCAAAUGGUCGCAGGGCAUACAUUGCUAGAUCCCCAUGAUGCUGAAAGUAGUUUGGAUUUCUAUGGCCAACGCUAUGUCCACUUAUUGCAACAGAUCAUUCUCGGACUCGCUCAUGGAGCCGAUUAUGUACGAAUAAGUACGAAUCCGACCACUAUAUUAAACAAGGUCUUAAAAAGGGCUUCACUAUAUGCUGGUCCGAAGUCAUUAACUCACGGACUUUCGCGUUUUCAGCUUGCUGAAGGUCUGUUUUCAAAAUCUGUCAGACCUCAGCCAAUCUAUCACGCAAAUAAUGACUCAUGUCCUCGGAAAAUCCCCGUAGAUCUUACCGAGGGUUUCCUUUCUGUGGACAAAAACGUUCUUAAUACAAGAGAGGAUGGUUUGCAAGUCCAUCGUCCACACGCCGUUGUACUUCCGCAGGAUCGCUGGGAUAAAGGCGAUGUAGCUGGAUUUAUGCGGCUCAUGAAAAUGAAGUAUGUUCAUGUCAUUAGUGUUUAUUUUGCAAGUCCAUCUGGCUGGGCGAAAGGAAGUCCCGACUGCUCGGUUCAGCUUACCAAUGGUGAUGUUUUCGGUGAAAAGUGUUCGGACCAUUCCACCAAGCAUCAAGCCACUUUCAUUAAACGCCUUCCUCUCUUCGACGCGAUUUGUAACCUUUCACAACCGGCGGAUGUAUACAACAAAAGUUUUGUAGGAUUUGGCUUCUUAUCUCAUCUACGAAGCUUUAUGUUCGAAGGUGAAAGCAUCACUUUCUUUACCGUUAUUCGAGUAAGCCCUUUCGACAAGGAACAAAGACAUUUGAGAGUGUGUUUCAUAGAUCAGACUGCAGCAGCCAGCAUUAUAAAGGGUUUUGAAAACCAGAAAUACUUUGACUCUAAAUGCAAAAAAGUACUAGCAGAUUCGGCAUCCAGUGGAUCUGGAUCCACAUGCCUCAGUAUGUCACGAAGCAUAAAACUGGACGCUUCUCUCGAUGGCGAUGCCAUCCUUGCCUAUGAACGAGGUGUUGAUACAAUUUUGCUUUUAAUCAGUAAUGAAUUUGUUUCGCUGCACGUAGGAGUUUGUUUAUUUUUUCUUGUUUGCCUAAAAAAACUUCAUGUACUAGUUAUUUUCUCAUUGAAGAAGCGCAUAAUAUCUAAAAAUUCACAAUCAGGCUCUAUAACAAUUGAUAUCAGACUCAACCAAGGGGGUUUGAAGGCACCAUAUCUUCUGAUAAAUCAGUUGGCUCAAAAGGCCAACGAUUCGGCCGAAUUUGAAUGUGUCAUUGAGAUGACAAGAAUUAACUACCAAAUUGAUCUCGUCUACUGGUCUAACAGGGGAGGCAAUGUAAACACAACAACACCUUGCCGAUUCACCACUUGGGAAAAUGGGGGCUGUGGAAGCUCCAGUAAUACUCAUUUAACCACCCAUCCAAAAGCUGCCUUUGCAAAAUGUAGUCUUUCGUACGUACCUAAAGGGAAUGUCUACAAUCGUGCUAUAGAAUACACCAUUCCUCUGGUCACCAUUAAGCACUUUGACGCAUUUGUAUUUUGCGAAACCCUACCAUCGUGGGAAAUGGAUGAAGACAAUCGUCUUCUUAGUGAUCCUAUCGACAAUCUUUUCCCAGUUAAACCGACUCUGACGAACAUAAACAUUGGCUACUACGAGUGGAUAUGUGAAGUUAUUGCCUAUCCACCACCGACGAACUUUAACUGGCGUAUAAAGGAAGCACAUCCGUGGAAUUUUCGCUUGGGGCUAAAUAGGAUAUCCUUCUAUAAAAAUCCUGUCAAUUCCACCCGUGCGUCCAUCCUCUCCAAAUCAAAGCCAGGAUUUUUCCCGAAAAAGUUUAUCCCAAAAGAAGAAACAUCGCCAUAUUACUUCGCUUUGUCUCGAGCAGCCCCGUCAUUCUGGCAAGUAGGGGCAUGGGGUGUGGCUAAAUUGGAGUGUGAGGUUUCCAACGGCGGGAACGAUAGCGCAGUGAAGGAGGCACACGUCAAUUAUGCCUCCGGUAACUCAAAUGGACGUUGGGCUGUGCCAGGUUCGCUUUAUCCGAGGUUGGGAAUGAUAAACAUAAGUGAGCCGUGGGCUAUUGAAUGUCCGAUUAUGGAAAACAAGGAUUCCAAGGAGAUACACAGCUUGUAUGUACUCGGGAAGGUCACAUUUGCAGCAGAGCCUAUAGAGCUACCCCUGUUUCAUGUAAGCUUCCAGAUGCAAAAGGAGGGGAGCAAAGCAUAUUAUUUCAUUCAGCACUUCAAGCCGAUUGGGUGGUGGAGCAGUAUCCCUCUGGAUGAAUUCAAAGUGGAAAGUGUUGACGAUAAUCAAGGUCAUAAAGCUGUGAGGAUUCAAAUAUCUCGUGCCUUGGUAAGUCUUGCAAUUUAUGCUGAGUUUAAUGAUAAAACAAAUUGUUGA